AUGAUAUUAUGGUAUCGUAAAGAGGGUAUUACAUCAACAUUUGAAGUGCUAUACCAUUUUAGAGUAAGACGAGAUUGUGAUUUAUUUCUACGUCCCGAGGACACAAAUACAUUAUCCUGGACCGAUUUACCAGCUCGAUAUUAUGAUUGUUACAUACAUUUUACAAAACAGACAACAAAUUUUGGACUUGUUAUUGAAUUAAAACGAGGAUCACAACCAAAGGUAGCUAGUGUUUAUAGACCUUACAAAAAUCGUUUAUGUGGUAAAUUAGAAGAAUUAACAGAAACAGAACGUAAAAUCUAUUUCCCAUCAACUGAUUUACCAUUAUUACAUUUACAUGGUGAUCCAAAAUUUACUAUACACUAUCGUUUAGUUGAUUAUUGUUAUAACAUAACCUUAAAUCAAUCGAAUGGUACAUUCGAAAUAAAUACAACCAAACAGUUAGAAUGUACAUUUAAAAUACAUAUUAUAAUAUUAACAAAAGGUGAUUUUAAAUUAAGUGUACGUUAUCAUGCGGAACCAAUACAUGAUAUUAUACAACAGUGUACCGCGUAUGGCUGGAUUGCGAUACCACAAUUUUGUGUUAGUGUUGUGGAAAAUAUAAAAAUGCCAUGGGCACAAGCGGAAAUGGAAUGUGUGAGACGUGGUGGUCAUUUAAUUAGUGUGCGAAAUGAUUAUAUACAACAAAUUGUUAAUAAGUUGUUGUUAAAUAGUCCGGGUUAUCAUGAUGCUAAUGCGUACUGGAUUGGUGCAACUGAUCGAACUUAUGAAGGAGAUUUUCGGUGGUCAGACGGGUUGCCAUUUUCUUUUACAAAUUGGUUUCCUGGUUGGAGCCAACAUGGGCAUUAUAAUCGACAACCGAACGAUGAUGGUUUAAGUGAUCAAGAUUGUGUUGAAUUACGUCAAGCAUAUCAUUUACCCAGUUCAUUGUCCCGCUUAGCUGCGUCAUUUCAUUGGAAUGAUCGAGAUUGUUCAACGCCAAAUUAUUUUAUUUGUGAACGUUUGUUAUCUGAUGAACCUGUAGAAGAAGCAUGGCCAUUUGAAUGUAAUCGGACCAUCAAUCUAUCUCGACAGCUAUCGCGUACUUCAAUAACAAGUCCUGGAUUUCCAAAACAAUACCCUGAUAAUGCACAUUGUGAAAUUAAUAUUAUUUCACCACCUGGAUAUCGAAUAUUAUUAGAUUUUGAUGAAUUAGUAUUGGAAAAUGAACCAUUUUGCAGCUAUGACUACUUAGAAAUACUAGAAAUAACACCGGAUUUAUUAAAUCAAACAACCAAUCAUUUUCAAACAGCAAGUACACGAGCACCAAUGUUUCCAUCAGAAUUGGAGAAUAUUCGUCCACUUGCGUCAACAUUAACAUCUCAACAGACAACACCAAGGCGAUUUUGUGGUGAUUGGAGUGAAAAGUUAAAAUUGUUACGUCACAUAAGUCGUGGAUCACACAUCAAAUUACGUUUUGUAUCAGACUAUUCACAUCAUUUUGGUGGUUUUAAGGCUCGAGUUUCAAUGGAAAAUGCUAUGGCUUGUUCGGAUGAACGUCUACAUUUAUAUAACAAUUCAUGUUAUUUAUUCGUCAGUUAUCCGGAAGUAACAUGGUUUACAGCUCAGCAAAUAUGUAAAGGUAUGAAAGCACAAUUAGCAUCGAUUUUAUCACCUGAAGAAGAACAUUUUGUAACAACAAAUAUACGUAAAACAAGUGAAUAUAAUCCAAACGCUAUUUACUGGUUAGGUGCUAAAUUAACAAAUAGUAAAAAGCAUCAAUGGAUCGAUGGUUCACAAUCCACAUACACCGGAUGGCUACCGGGACAAAAAAAUGUUCUACCUGAAAUGUUCCAUUUAAAUUCAACAUCAAUAUGUUUGGGAAUUCAAUGGACCACAUCAUCUACGCCAAUUUUACCAAGUGGUUUAUAUUGGCAAACACAAAAGUGUUCGAAUUAUGGCGGAUACAUAUGUAAACGGCGUAAUUUAAUUUCAAUAAAUAAUGUAAAUUUUAAUAAAACCUUAAAUGGAUCUGAAGGAAGAUUAACAUCACCGAAUUACCCAAACAAUUAUUACAAUAAUUUAGAUUAUUGGGUUAAAAUAAUCGGUCCCGAACGUACACGAUUAGUUAUACAAUUUUCUCGUCUGGAUGUUGAAUAUCAACCACAAUGUUUAUACGAUUAUGUGGAAUUACAUAGUAUUCCAAAAAGUGGUGAUGUAGUACGAUGGUGUGGAACGUAUGACACAGAUAUGGAACGUUUUAAUUUUGUGUCAGAUACAAAUGUUGCUAUGCUGCGAUUUCACACUGAUUAUAGUAUAUCUGGCAAUGGUUUUUCAGUUACUUGGCAUGCAAUUGACGUUUCUGGAUGCCCGAAACAAACGCUUACUGCACAAGAAGGUGUGAUUACAUCUCCAAAUUAUCCAUAUUUUUUAUUAGCAAAACUAGACUGUUCUUUACAAAUAUUAGCUCCAAGUGGUCGACGAAUUUGGUUGGAAAUUACAAAUUAUGAUAUAAAUGAAACAAAUGAUGCAACUUUAGAAAUUAAUUUGGGUGAUAACAACUUAUUUCGACCUUAUAAGUUAAGCAAUCAUUUAAAUGAAGGAGCGUUUGUUUCAAUGGGUGAAAAAAUUGAAAUUCGAUUACAAACUUCAUCAAAUCCACCGAUUGGAUCGGGAUUUCGUGCCAUUUACAAAAUGUUAUCGACAAUUAAAGAAGAUCGAUUCAUUGAAAUUUCUAAUAUUACUUAUGGAACUUUAUUACAUUUAAAUUAUCCAAUGACAACACCGGCCAACAUUGAUUUUACCCAGCAUUUAGUCGCUCCAUUAGGAAAUGUUAUAUUAAUUGAAUUAUUUCAUGUAAAAUUUAGUGAUGAUGGAUUUUGUCCAAAUAAUGAAGGAAUUAUUGAAAUUUACGAUAAUUAUGCAGAUCAAGAUGGUACUAAAUGGUACGUUUGUAUGAAUCCAAAUGAGGAUUUACUUUUACCACCGUCUCCUAUUUCGAUUACAUCGUAUUUAAAUACGCUACACAUAAGACAAAUAAACACCGAAAUUGGAGGUAUCAUUUUGAAUGGAACUGUUCGAGUUCAACCUGACAUUAAUUAUAAAAUCAAAUUGUUACGAUUCGAGGACACAAACACUGUGGAAAGUUGUAAGCCCAAUCCAUGCCAACAUAAUGGAAAAUGUAUAUCAAAAGGAAAACGGAAAAUUUGUCAAUGUGAUGGUCAUUUUACAGGAUUAUUUUGUGCACUAACUGUAUGCGAAUUAGAGCCAUGUGUAUUUGGACGAUGUGAAUUAACUCAGAAAGGAUAUCGUUGUCAUUGCCAAAGUGGUUAUACUGGUGAAACAUGCGAACAAAAACAAAGACCAUGUGAAAGUAAUCCUUGCGAAUCUCGAGGUGAUUGUAUAGAUCGUGGUGAUACAUUUCACUGUAGAUGUCAUGCAUGGUGGGAAGGUCCACGUUGCGAUAAACGUAUGAUGAACAUUCCAUUCAAACCAUUAUCAGAGCGAAUGCUUCACGAACCAUUUUGGCUAGGUUUGAUAACAGUCACCGUGGUAUUAGGAGUGAUUGGACUGGUUUGGUGUGCGAAAAGACACUUUCCAGAAAAAUUAGAAAAAUUAUUAGCUGAGGAAGCAGAUCGAAAUCGUGGUGGUUCAUCAAUACGUGGAUCAUCACUUCGUGAACAACUAGCAUGUACAGCUGGUGCUGGUGGAACUCCAGCAGCUGUAAUGGUGAUGCCAAGUCCACAACAAGGAGGUUGUCCACGUUCUCUCUUCGGCCGCUUGGGUAUUCGCAAACCUUCCCUCCUGAGUCUAACGAGCCCACAUGGCUGCCCUGGUGGCGGUCAAGGCCAUCCCUCCGCUGCAGCUACAGCCAGAACAUUUAGUUUGGACGAUUUAUUAAAACCACUUCCGCGACGUACGCCCUCGCCAAGAAAAAAACGCAAUAAUUCUACACCAACUAAGAAAAAUGCAGCAGAGAAAAAACAAAUAUUACAACAGUUAAUUUCUCCAGCAGGUGGUCAAAAUAGAUCACGGAAAGUCAGUUUAGGUGAAUUAAUACAGUUAAGUGAACGGAAAGUAAAAGAUGCGGAAGAGAAAGCACAAAAUGGCAGUAAAGAAAAUGAGGAUGAAUGUACUGAAACAAAUUUUAGUACAACACCUAAAUCUACGCUGACUGCGACCAUUGACGAUCCGAAAUUAGAAAAGAAAGUAACUUUUGCUAGACUACUCAGUAAAGUUUCUGCAGAAAUGAGCUCUGGGUCUGAAAUUGAACUUGCACAAAUGAAACCGGUUACAAAAUGUUCGAGUACACCACCAUCUCCAGCUGCUGAUACUCGAUCUCCACACAGUACAUCGAGUAAUCAGGGUAGUGAUUCGUUUUCCAGCUUAGAAGUAUCUAUGCCAGGCACGUCAGGUAGUAUUACGGAUUUCUUAAAUAGCCGACGUAAUUCAAGAAUGGGAGGUCGUGUGAAACCAGCUAGUGCUGAUUCCAUUCUAGCAAUGUUUCGAAACUUUUCUUCUACAUCGGCUGCAGCAAAUUUGCCUCCUUCGUUACUGGCUUCACCAUCAACAACACCUACAGCAUCUAGCCCUCAAGAUGAUGUGGCAGGGGAUGAUGACUCAUCUUCGUCAUCAAUUCCAACUCCAAUAUCAUUUUCAAGUGGUCCACCAGACUCGCCUAUUAUGCAAAAGCACAGUUCUCAUAACAUUGAGGUUUCAGUUUUAAAUCCACAUAACUCACAACGAUCAUCCACAAAUAAUAAUUUAUUGCAGCCACCAACUAUAUUACUAGAAAUUCCAAGUACUAUAAAUAAAUGUUUAUCGCCAAUUCAUGAAGUUGCAACGCCACUACCGACACCAAAGCCUUCACCAGCUCCAACGCCAAUGCGUCAAAGAUCACCAAUAUAUUCAUCCGCUGAAGAUGUUGGAAUGGAUUGUUCAGAGGAUCAUAUUUCAAUAGAAAUAUCUGGUAUGUCAGUGAGUAUUAGUGAUGACGAAGAUGAAGAUUUACCACAAGAUAUAGCCAUUGAUCCACAAGCGGAAGAUGGAUUACUGCAAGAAGAAGCUGCAGCGAUGGCUGCUUCUUCUCAAGCAACCACAACCAAAUUAAAGGCACGACCUACUCCAAUUACACAAGGAGUGACAGCCGUUACAAUCAAUCCAAAAGGAGAAGCAAAUAAUAGUCAAAAAGCAACAAAUCCUCCGCCGCCAUUAAUAAUUCCAACUUUAACGAUCCAACAACCUUCUCCUACACAUCGAAGUCCACCUUCAUUAUUAUUCCCAGGUUCACCACCACCUCAGCGCGCAAUAGAUACUGAAGAAAACACAUUUGGAUUUUCCGGUAGUAGACAACAAAAACGGGGUUUAUUAAAAGAGUUUGAUAAACCAACAUCAUUAGAUUUACCAUGUCCCCCUCCAAUGAUUACUAUAACUUGUAACCUAAGCGAAGCUGAGUCCGAUGCAGAAAGUAUAUCACCUGCAACAAAAUCCACUGGAACUCAUUUAAAUGUAGGUCCGAGUAGUAUAGGCAAUGUUGGCAUGUGUUACUUAAGUCCAUUUUCAAUGUGUUCACGAAACAACGAUCGCACAGCAUCUGAAUCAAAUUUAAGUUCAUCUGGAUAUAGUUCAAUGGCAAGCCCCGGUCCAUCUCGAUGUGGUUCAAAUAAUCCUUUAUGCCCAUCAGAGAUGGAGGAUCCUGGAUCAUCAGGCCCCGGUUCACAUUUAAGUUCAAUAACACCUAGACGACCGUCACCUUUAUUAAAAACAUCAACGAGUAUUAACAAUUCUAAUUCAGGAGAUGGAGAAGAUAAUAAUCAGGGAAAUCGUUGUAGAGGAAGAUCUGAUUCAGAAACAUUAUCAGAUGAUCAAUUACUAGAAUCAAAUGACGAAGGUAUUGGAACGGAUCACAUUGAUGAGAAAAUUGAAGAGGGUGAAUUAAAAAGUGCAAAAGAGUUAGAAGUAUUUAUUAGUAAUGAACUUGGUGAUGAAACUGGAAAAACAAUUUUAAAUUUACCUGUGAUAAGUACACCCCCCUCGUUAAGUGUAACAAAUUGUACAGUAGAAUCUCUCGAACUAGAUAAAUUAGUAAUACCUCCAAUCAGUUCAUCUCCAAAUAAAUCAUUACAGUUGCCAUCAAUUGUUGUUCAAGGUGAUAAAACUCACUUGAGUCCAGUAAGUUCACGUAGUGAAAGUCCGCUUAGUGAUAAAACUGUAGGUUUAGGACGUUUUUCACCACAUAAUUAUUGUCGACAUAAAGAUUAUCAGUUACCGUUUACAGACAGUGAUGGUCUUUAUGAUUUCCCCAGUUCUGACUUACAAAACAGUAAAUUAAAUAUAAGUGCCACAGGUCAACAACAUCGAAAAUCAACUGGUCGGAGGCGAGAAAAGAAACAAACAAAACCAACGCUGUUAAAAACGCCAUCUCCAACACGUGCACAAGUCUCAUCAUCAUUAUCACAUUUAUUAGACAUUCCUGGAAAAGAUCCUUCGUCAACAUCUCAUUGUCGUAUACCAGCACCAAGGAAAUUGAGUCCCAAACGACGCAUUCGUACGCAGCAACAUGUCAGUUCUUCAUCAUCAUCAGAGAGCUUGCAUUCAGCUAGAGAAUUAAAGGUUUCAUCAUCCAGCCCGAGUCCAGACACAAUUCGUUGGCCAUCGCUUGGCGAAUGGCCGUCAGAGAAAAAGACUGUAUCGAACGAGGCUUCAGGAGAAGAAACAGCCGAGGAUGCUCGAAGUUCAAUGUUAACGAAAGAAAUUGCUGAUGAAUUUCCAAAAAGUAAUCGAAAAAUUAGUCGCUUACGUACAAUUAGCCAUCAAAUAAGAUUUCUUCGCCGUUUAGAGCAAAGUUUGAAGCGUCGUGAACGCUUAGUAAGUUUAUCUGACAGUGGUGGAGAUGAUGAUGAUGACGAUCAAGUGACGUCACCAUUAUUACAUUCACCAAAAGGCUCACGUCCUAAAAUUAGAAAAAGUAGCAGUAUUGGUAAACUGCAUACAUCAAAUACGUCAUCAGUAUCUGCGAGAGGUCGACAAUAUAAGCAACGAGCUCAUAGGCGAGGUGGUAGCCAAUUACUGAUACCACAAGAUGAUAGAACAUGGUCAAAAGUUCCAAUAAGUGGAAACGGAUUUUCUGAUUAAAAACAGUAAUUUAUGUAUCCUUAUUCUGGAAAAAAAGCGAUACAUUAAGGAAUCAGACAAG